AUGUUCACUCUCAAAGCCUUUGAAAAUUGGGCCGUUGGCGAAAAAGACGACAAAGGAGAAAUUAUCACGCAGCAACGCAUUAACACUGCUCACAAAAUGUUAAUUGGCUUACAUCCCAAAGACAUUGACAUGAUUACUCUCAAUUUGAAGCCAUUAGAGUUCGAAAAGAAGUAUUUCCCGAUCCUAUAUGCAGCAAGCAUGGAAGUCGAAAGACUGGAGAAUACUCCAAAGUCCACAGUCAAGAAGAAAUUGCCUGUCUUAAAAAAGCCAAGGGAAGAUAUUGCCCUGGCUCUAUACAAAAGAAACAGAAUUUCAGCCGAAUCAUACGCCAAUUUUUGCUUAGAAUUCUUCGACACCUCCGUGGACAAACCAGCCGUCCCUGCCAAGCAAGUCACCACAUCAAAGCAACUCGCCGCACCAAAGCAAGAUCUUGUAAGAUUACCAUGA